GCUGUCGGAGCUUGUGCAAAGUCGCGGUAAAAUCGAUUCGAAAUCUAUCGCACACCUCGCACUCUUAGUCUGUAAGGUUGUCUCAUAUUUUAUCAACAUCUCCACUGCUAUCACUCGGUUUUACAUCAAAUUCAGUGGCUGUUUUAUUCGCGAGCCAUACGCUACUUAAAUUUUUAUUGCGAUCGCCAUUAAACCGCUCGCGCGCCCAUCGUUUAAUUUUAACUUUUAAUAAUGAAAUAAACAAUAAUAACAACAGUUACAAUUAAAAUAAUCAUUUUCAUCGACAAACUGGACCUUUAUAAAUAUAUACUGACGUAAAAAAAUAAUAAAGACCCAAAGGAUAUUAUGCGACAUUAGGGAGAGACAGAAAAGUAUUAAUGGGUCGCAAAAAGUGGUGGAAAGGGGGCAGUAGCCUUUUAUUGCUGGUGUUUAUUUUUAUAAACAAGCAGGUGGUCCAUAGCGAUGGCGAAAUUGGCUGUUUAUUCGACCGAAAUGUCUGCGCAUCUGCUGAAGAAUCUUGUUUUGAUGAUGCUGCAUUCGGUAGAUGUAUUCCAUCUGUAGACGUCAGUGAUGAAGAUGUAUAUCAAUAUGAUUUAGAUCCAAGACAAUUGGAACUAUUGCGCAAACAAUUGGAAAAACUUGUUGCUGAUAAAUAUGAGUGGUCUCAUCCGUACACUCAGUGUGUGAUGCAAAAUGCAUUGUACAGCAUCCGCAAUGAGAUGAAACAUGACAGUAAAAUAUGUAGAAAGUUGAAAAAUUUUACAGAAAAACCACUAGUUGAUUUAGUUGAUGAAUCUGAAACUGAUGAUAUUUUACCGCUGGCUGUCGUUAAUUUCAUGCCGACUCGAGGUCAUGGUUACGGAGACUUUGCAAAUGAGAAAUAUUAUCCUCCUGUAUUAUCAGAACUCGAGGAACAUUCUUCGCAAAACAUCCAAGACUACCCAUAUGAUCCUUACUUGGUAAUAGAAGAACAGCCCGAACGUCAUCCAACUUUAAACUUUGAAAACAAUAAUAACAACAAUGAGGAAUUAAUCUUUGAGCCCGACGAGUUAAACCAAAUAAACAAGUACGAUGAUGAAGAGCUUUAUGAAAUUUCUCGAAAGUUAGAUGAGUUGGAACGUCAGCGAAAAGUUAACGCAGCCAAAGAUACGACGAUAUUUCGAUCACGACGUCAGCCCCGCGAUGAAAUUCCUCGUAGUUUGGGCGCCGAAGUUGACGACUACUUGGAGUAUUUGAAAGACUCUAAAGAUAAAUAUGCAGAUGCAGAUGAUGAUGAAGAUAAAAAUGACUCUUGGUUCGACACCAGCUCACUGAGAAAAUCUAAUAAAGAAAGAGUUGAUAAGUCGACGCUUAAAGAUCUUGCGCGGAUGGAAUUUCUCAAAAAUGACAGGGCAUGGGAUGGACUUAGAGUCGAAGAAAGUACAGAUGACAAAGAAGAAGUAGAAGAAGAUGAGAAAGAAAAUGAGGAAAUCGAAGAAACAUUAAAUGAAGACAAUGGAAAAUUGUUAAAAAAUAAUGAAACGCCAGAAGGACUCAAUAGCGGAAUUUACUUUGAAGGAGGUUUCAUUAAACCACUAAAUUUUCGAAAUAUUUAUGAAAAAGAACCGGAUAAUAUAAAUAUUGAUGAUCUUCCGUCAUUAAUUUGGAACAGAGAACUUUCGGGUUUCAAGAGACCAGAAAGACUCGAUGUUAAAAAACCUGGGCCAUAUUUUUCAACAAAUAAUUACGCUUUCAAAACACAAACUACUUCAUCAAUUGAAGACGACGAACUAGCGGACAAUGAGGAAGUCCUGAGAGCGCCGUUAGUAAAAAAAGAAUUAAUCGCUGGGAAAGACAUCACCAGAUUGUCUUUAGAGAAAGAUCCUGCAAAAUAUGACAACGUCGACAUGGAUCACGUUUACAUUCAAUUCAAAGAAGAGUUUCACAAGUGGGCAGAAGGAAAGGAAAUUGUUGACAAGAUUGAAGAAUUACUGGGAUUAAAUUCCGGAGCUUUCUCAAAUCCCAGAGUCGGAAGAGCUGAGGUUACUUUCAAAGUAUUCAAAAAUUCCCGCAACAUGAAUCCUAUGGAAGUGGUAUCGCAACUUGACAAUAUCAGAGGGAAAUUGCGAGAAACAAUGAAUGUAAAUAUAAUCAAAGCGGGAAUCGGUGAUAAGAUAAAACUCCCGCCAAUGCUGGAAGUAACAAACGUUGAAUAUUCAAUGAGUUCAAUGUUCUUUGCCGGAUUAGUAAUAGCGGGAGUUACAGCAGCUGCUGCAGCGGCAAUAAUAACUUUGAUAAUAGCACGCCGUCACGCUAAAACAAGAGCCAAAUUAGCAGGACUCGCGACUCCAGAUCCCGAAGCUUCGAAUGAUUAUCAAGAAUUGUGUCGCGCACGAAUGCACGCUAAGCAGCCGUCUGAAAAAGUUGAAGUCCCGCGCGUUGCUAAAUUGUCGAAAGAGAGCGAAUCAAAUCGCUCGAGUACUUCUUCUUGGGGAGGUGAAGAAGCUGCCGCACUUUCAAAUAUGGACAUAUCUACUGGACACAUGGUCCUGUCAUACAUGGAAGAUCACUUGAAAAACAAAGACAGGUUGGACAAAGAGUGGGAAGCUAUUUGCGCUUAUCAACCUGAUCCAUCUUCAACAGCAAUUGCUGCUAACAAAGCCAAUGCUAAUCGUAAUCGUCCUUGCUCAGUACAUCCUUAUGAUCACUCACGAGUUGUCCUUAAUGAUCUCACUAAUAUCAGCAACUCUGAUUAUAUCAAUGCAUCAACUAUCACUGAUCAUGAUCCGCGCAACCCGGCUUACAUCGCAACUCAAGGACCAUUGCCACAGACAUCAGCGGAUUUCUGGCAAUUAGUUUGGGAGCAAGGAAGUGUUGUGAUCGUUAUGUUAACCCGCUUAACUGAAGAAGGCCGUGCCAUGUGCCAUAGAUAUUGGCCAGAAGAAGGCUCAGAGCUUUACCAUAUCUACGAAGUUCAUCUUGUCUCCGAGCAUAUUUGGUGCGAUGAUUAUUUAGUGCGUUCAUUUUACCUGAAAAAUUUGCGUACAGGAGAAACUCGUACCGUAACACAAUUCCACUUCCUUUCGUGGCCCGAAAAUGGAAUCCCACAAUCAACUAAAUCACUUUUAGAAUUCCGUAGAAAAGUCAACAAAUCUUAUCGCGGCAGAUCAUGUCCAAUUGUUGUCCACUGCAGUGACGGGGCAGGACGAACGGGUACUUAUUGUCUCAUCGACAUGGUACUUAACCGUAUGGCAAAAGGUACCAAGGAAAUAGACAUAGCCGCAGCACUCGAGCAUAUCAGAGACCAAAGACCAGGAAUGGUAGCAACAAAACAACAAUUUGAAUUUGUUCUUGUUGCUGUUGCUGAAGAAGUUCAUGCAAUAUUAAAAGCAUUACCAGUUCAAACAGACAAAUCGACUGACAAAACAAAUAAUUCUCCACCACCGACAACUGGCACUUCAACUACCACAUCUGGGCAAUGAAAAAUAAUAUUUUAAACAAAUAUAUAUGACAAAAUAAUAAUUUAUGUAGUAACAAAUCAAAUAAUCAGACUAUUUUGGCUUAUCGACUACUGAAGAAAUGCUGACAAGAAGAUGAUUGAUAAUGACAACCAUCAGAUUAAUUAUUAAUCAGUUAUUUUUAUUAAAUAUUAUCAUUUAAUACUUUUUGUGAGGAGAAUUAAUUUUUUUUAGCUCACGACAUUAAUCUAUGUCCUUUUUUAAUCUUAAAAGUCAAUUUUAAUACUCUUACAAAAAAAAAAUUAUGUUUUAUAUAUUAAAGAAACAAAGUCCAAGUUUCUAAUCUUUAUACACGGCCUAUUUGAACAAACAAAAAAAAAGAAAAUACGUAACCGUCUUUUGUAAUUCUUCAAAAAAUGAAAAAUUUAUUCCACUGGGUUGAAAUUAAUAACAAUAAUUUGUGGGUAAAUAAAAUAUAUCUCUGGCUAUCAUAAAACUCUUCUACGAUGAUGAAUUUAUAUCUAAAAAAAAAAAAUAGCUUUUGAAUGAAUAAAAAAAAAAUAUGAUAACAAUAAUGAUAAUGAUAAUAAAUUUGAAUGCGAUCACUUUUCUAUAAAAGUUUCCUCGUCGAGCGAUUGAAUUGGGCUUUUAUAAAUUAAAAUUGACAGAGACAUUGCAUGAUAAAUAAUUAGCUGUUGUUUAUUAUUGUACUAAGCACAAUAUUAUAAUUAUUUAUCGUUAAUUUUAAAAGAUAAUUUAUCCAUAGUUUAAUUUAUUAAGUGGAUAAAUUAUUUGUAACUCGUUUAGAUGCGGAGUGUAAGGGGGCACGUUCAAAUUAAAUUAAAUAUUCAAAGACUCCCAUUAAAUAUAUAAAGACUUAAAAACUAUAUAAAUAUAUCCAUAUAAAUAUAUACAUACAUAUACAUUUAUAUAUUUAUUUAAAUUAAAGAAAUCACGUGCUCCAGCUGCUCCUCGUCUUCCAUUAAAUUAGCAAUUCCUGUCGGAAAGAUGAGAGGAGACAUCGGUUGCUCAGAUUGUUUUUGCUGAGUGUGUAAAAUGCCUACAAUAUUUUUUUUGUAUAUUAUAAAUGCUUACUGCUCAAUUUCUUACUGCUCAGUUGCCUACUGAAAUUUAUUUUCUACGGUUCUAUUGCCUACAUAAAUAUUAAAUAUAUCAUUUAAAUUACGUACAAAGAUUAUAUUGCACUGUUAUAUUUUUUACUUAAAAAUAUUUUAUGAUAUUCAAUCGAUUACUACUUAACUGUGAACUCAAAUCAAAGAAAUAUUUAAUUAAUGUCGAUCUUAUCAAAAAAAUCCAUGUGGGAUUGCAUGGAAACCCAUUGGAAUCCAUCUAGGAAACUGCCCUGAUUAAAAAAGUGAAUUGAAAAGUAUUGAAAAAGAUGAGAAAUGAAUCCUUUCGAAUACUUUCUAUAAGGUUUUCAUUUUGACAUAAAAUGAAUACUUUUCAAUCCCAAAAUAAUAAAAGAAUUUCUGAACUUCCGAGGAAUUGAAAAAGAUUGAAAUGAAUUGAUAUUUUUAAUCUUUCUGAAUCCUUCUCAAUACCUAAAUAAUCCGACAUUUCGGAUCAAGUGUGGGAUUGAAAAAGAUUGAAAUGAAUUGAAAUUUUUGAAUCUUUCUGAAUCCUUCUCAAUUCUCAAUUCUUUUCAAUACUUUCGAAUUCCACUUUGGAAUUGGAAAGUAUUCAAACGAUCGAAAUUUCAAUUCCAUUCAAUACUUUCCAAAACCGCCGAGGGAUUGAAAAGAAUUGAAAUAAUUUUCAAUACUUUUCAAUUCACUUUUUAAUCAGGGUGUGGGUACCUGGAUUCCCAUAUAGAAACUUGGAUAUAUGAAUUUCUUUAUGGGGAAUUAAUAUAAGAAUCAGGGUGUCUAUAUAAGUAAUUUUUUUUUAACGUCUAUUGAUACGCGUAUAUGAAUCUAUAGUCGGACUACUGAGAGUUCGUUCACUAUUUAAUGGUGGGAGGAUGGGAAUUGUAUGCUAACUGAAGGGAACACUAUUAGUAGUUUCAGUAUAUGCUGGAUUCCUAUAGCAAAUUAUAUGGGAAUCCAUCCGAAAACGGCAUGUGGGAAUCCACAUAAGAAUCUAGGCUGGAUUCUCAUAUGGAUUUGUCUCAUAGGGUGAUAAGUUCUUGAUUAUGCUGAGAAAAUCUAGUACUUAGGUCACUAAUUUCUUAUAGAAUCUGUCAAGUUCCAGUCACUAUUCUGGACGACCAUAAUUCUGAUCUUUUUCACCACCAAGUACUUGAUUUUCUCAGCAAAAUCAGAACUUGUCUACAUUAAUUAGAUAUUUCUUUGAUUCGGGUACACAAUUAAAUAGUAAUCAACUGGACAUCAUGAAAUAUUUUUUAGUAGGGAAUAGAAGUCUGCAAUUAAAUCAUAUAUUUUUUAUUUAUGUAAGCAAUGGAACUGUAGAAAAAAAAUUUUAGUAGGCAACUGAGCAGUAAGCAUUCAAAAUGUACGAAAAAAUAUUGUAGGCAUUCGAUAUAUUCAGCAAAAAAAUGCAGGCAACUGCUGCUUCCCUUAGAAGAGACUUUGUAUUAAAAGAAAAAAAAAAAAAAAAUGAAGAUAUAUAUCAAAUAAUUGCGAAACUAUUACGGGAUGCUAUUCAGCGAUGAUAUAUCACUAAUAUAUACCUCAAUAAACUUUGCUUGCUAAAAUAUUUGCCAAAAGAAACAGAAGAAAAGUAAAGAAAAAAAAUGGCGGGUAAAGAUAAUUGAUAAAUAAAAA